AAGGCCGGCCACGUCCCCGCCGCCUCGUGACGUCACUCACUCGCCGCUGGGCGCGUGUCCCACCUGCUUCGCUCGCUCUUCGCUGUCUCACGGGUCGACCCUCCGCCCACCUUUAGCCAUUACUCCCCGUGGUCGAGCUGCCGGGCAGCCCCGUGCGCGUCCCGAAAGCUGGAGAGUCGCGGACGGAGAGGUGUGUGUGUGCAGCUUCGCGCGGGCUCUGGAAGGCCAGCUGUGCGUGGCCGGUGAAGAGAGGGUGGACGCACCGCUGUUUGCGGGUCCUCGGAGCUCGUCGCAGGCCAGGAGAGCCGAAUUACGUGAAGUAGUUAUAUUAAGUCAUCAAGCUCCUCAGAGGAAUUGUUUCAUCAUGAGAAAUCUUAAGUUAUUUCGGACCCUGGAGUUCAGGGAUAUUCAGGCUCUGGGGAAACCUCAGUGCUUCUCUCUCCGAACUGAACAGAAGACAGUGCUCAUUGGCUCAGACCAUGGACUGAUAGAAGUAGACCCUGUCACAAGAGAAGUGAAAAAUGAGAUUUCUUUAGUGGCUGAAGGCUUUCUUCCAGAGGAUGGAAGUGGCUGCAUUGUUGGUAUUCAGGACUUGCUGGAUCAGGAGUCUGUGUGUGUGGCCACAGCCUCUGGAGAUGUCAUACUCUGCAGUCUCAGCACAUGCCAUCUGGAAUGCGUUGGGAGUGUAGCCAGUGGUAUCUCUGUCAUGAGUUGGAGUCCUGACCAAGAGCUCGUGCUUCUUGCUACAGGUCAGCAGACCCUAAUUAUGAUGACAAAAGACUUUGAACCGAUCAUGGAACAGCAGAUCCACCAGGAUGAUUUUGGUGAAAGCAAGUUUAUCACUGUUGGAUGGGGCAGGAAGGAGACGCAGUUCCAUGGAUCAGAAGGCCGGCAAGCAGCCUUUCAGGUGCAAACGUACGAGUCGGCUUUGCCCUGGGAUGACCAUAGACCACAAGUGACAUGGCGUGGUGAUGGCCAGUUUUUUGCUGUGAGUGUUGUUUGCCCAGAGACAGGAGCCCGGAAGGUCAGAGUAUGGAACCGAGAGUUUGCUUUGCAGUCAACCAGUGAGCCUGUGGCCGGACUGGGACCAGCUCUGGCUUGGAAGCCCUCAGGUAGUUUGAUUGCAUCUACACAAGAGAAACCCAAUCAGCAGGAUAUUGUGUUUUUUGAGAAAAAUGGCCUUCUUCAUGGACAUUUUACGCUUCCUUUCCUCAAAGAUGAGGUUAAGGUAAAUGGCCUGCUCUGGAAUGCAGAUUCCACUGUGCUUGCAGUUUGGCUGGAAGACCUUCAGAGGGAAGAAAAUUGCACUCUAAAAACCUAUGUGCAGCUCUGGACUGUGGGCAACUAUCACUGGUAUCUCAAGCAGAGUCUGCCCUUCAGCACCUGCGGGAAGAGCAAGCUCGUGUCUCUGAUGUGGGACCUGGUGACCCCGUCCCGGCUGCACGUUCUCUGUCAGGGCUGGCAUUACCUCUGCUAUGACUGGCGCUGGACGACUGACCGGAGCUCGGGAGAGAGUUCCAGUGACCUGGCAAACGUGGCUGUCAUUGAUGGAAACAGGGUAUUGGUGACAGUCUUCCGACAGAGUGUGGUUCCACCUCCCAUGUGCACCUAUCGACUGCUGCUCCCACACCCUGCAAAUCAAGUCAUGUUCUCUGCACACCCCCAAAAGAGUAAUGACCUUGCAGUCCUAGACGCCAGUAACCAGAUUUCUGUUUAUAAAUGUGGUGAUAGUCCAAGUGUGGACCCUACAGUGAAGCUGGGAGCUGUAGGUGGAAAUGGAUUUAAAGUUUCUCUUAGAACACCUCAUCUGGAAAAGAGAUACAAAAUUCAGUUUGAGAAUGGUGAAGGUCAAGAAGUAAACCCACUGAAGCUCAGCCUUCUCACCUGGAUUCAGGAAGACGUUUUCCUGGCUGUAAGUCACAGUCACUCCAGCGCACAGUCUGUCAUUCACCAUCUGACUGUGGCCCCUUCUGAGACGGAUGACGAGCACGGACAGCUCAAUAUUAGUUCAUCUGUGAUAGUGGAUGGAGUCAUAAUCAGUCUGUGUUGCAAUUCCAAGACCAAGUCAGUAGCAUUGCAGCUGGCUGGUGGCCAGAUACUUAAGUACUUUUGGGAGUCACCCUCUCUGGCUGUUGAACCAUGGAAGAACCCCAGUGGAUUUCCUGUUCGGUUUCCUUAUGCAUGCACACAGACUGAAUUGGCCAUGAUUGGAGGAGAGGAAUGUGUCCUUGGUCUGAGCGACAGGUGUCGUUUUUUCAUCAAUGACACUGAGGUUGCUUCGAAUAUUACAUCAUUUGCAGUAUAUGGUGAAUUUUUGUUGUUGACAACCCAUUCCCAUACCUGCCAGUGUUUUUGCUUGAGAGAUGCUUCAUUGAACAGUAAGUGUUCAUGCAAAGAGAUUCCCUUUUAUAACAUCUUUCCAAUGUCUUCUAACAGGCGAUCAUCUAAGAAUCGCCGCAAAGCAGAGCGGAAGAAGCAUAGCCUCAAAGAAGGGAGUCCGCUGGAGGAUCUGGCCCUUUUGGAGGCACUCAGUGAAGUUGUACAGAGCACUGAGAAAUUGAAAGAUGAAGUAUACCAUAUUUUAAAGGUGCUCUUUCUCUUUGAGUUUGAUGAGCAAGGAAGGGAAUUACAGAAGGCCUUUGAAGAUACCCUCCAGCUGAUGGAAAGGUCACUGCCAGAAAUUUGGACUCUCACUCACCAGCAGAAUUCAGCUACACCUGUUCUAGGUCCCAGUUCGACUGUAAAUAGUAUCAUGGCCUCUUAUCAACACCAGAAGACUUCAGUUCCUGUUCUUGAUGCUGAGCUUUUUAUACCCCCAAAGAUCAACAAAAAGACCCAGUGGAAACUGAGCCUUCUAGAGUGACUGACGGUUUUCCUUUCACUCUCUCCUUGGGGCCUGGCUGUCGGGAACUGGGAAGAGUAAGACAAUGAACUACCUUAGCAGUGUGGAGAGCUGCUCUAUACAGCAGACCUAAGCAGACACCAAGCAGUUCUGCCUUAUUUGGGGUAUAAUUUUAAUUAGCAAAAGGUUAAGCUUUAACCAGUAUUGCAUCAUUUUGUAAGAAUUACUGUUCUUUGUUUAGUGCUGUUUGAGAGCAUGUUUCUGGUAUUUAUCAUAAUCAGAAGAUUGGCUUUCAUUCCCGGCUGCCAGUCUGAUUCAUUUUGGGACCUUCGACAAGUCACGUAAUUAAUCGAUUUGUGCCUCAGUUAAUUGGGAAUAAUGUUUCAUGGCUUCUACCUCAAAAGUGUGAGGAAAAGAAAAUAAUGUUUUUUAAAUAUUUUAUGUUCCGGCAGGAGAGCAUUAUAUAUAAACAAUGUUGGCUAUUUGUGCUACCAACAAUUGGUGAAAUUUAAUCACUUAAAUGACUUCUUCACCUUGAACUAAAGCAGAAUAAAAAGCUAAAUAUAUCCUUUGAAAUUCUAAGCUUUCCUUUGCUGACAGCUAUUAUUUUAUAAUAUCUUACCAGGUCCUCUGCUUCCAGUUAUAACGGCAUUGAGCUCCUAUCACUAGUGUCCAUAGGGACUAUUUUUACUGCCUGUGAAUUUUCUGCUAGGGAUUUAGCAGUGUUAGAGCUGGAACGGAUUAGAAUUUCUGAAACAGUAUCGUGCACAUUUGGUAUGGUGAACAGUGUGCACAAUUGUAAGUUAUUCCUUUUUUCUCCAAGUAAUUGCUGCUUUUAACUAAAAGGUUUUUGUCAGUGUCAAGGCCAUUUCAUUUAUUUUUCUUUAUGGUGCUUCACUGACUUCUGUCUUUUAGUUAUUUUCUCUGGAAAAAAUGAGAAUGUUUUCUCUUUUUGGUGAGUCUAGAAAAAGCUCAAUUCAUUUUGACAACAGUUAUGUGGCUGAUUCUUGGGUAAGGUUGAAAAUUUCUUCCAUGCCUCUAAUACCAGAACCAGACGUUCAUGACUGUACAUAAACGAAAAUACUGCCUCUGAUCCGUGGAGUAUAGAUAUGCCCAGAAUUGUAAUUAAAUUUGUUCCCUAAAUAGCAAAAUGUUAACUAUAGAAUCUAGGUGUGUUUGCUUGUAUAAUUAAGCUUCUCUGCGUGUCUGAAAAUUUUUACAAAAUAGUAGGAAAAAAAAAGAAGGUAUUUCCUGCCUUGUAGAAAUCUACUUUUUGAUUUAUACCCGUGAUGGAUUUGCUAUAAUUAAGUGCCCCACACUGACAGGCUGAAUGUGCUUUGUGACUACGCUUUGGCCUGGGUAAAUGAACAUACGGCAUUUUAAUAUAUUAUAGUGCUCUUGCUGUGGAUAAUGUUACCCAUGCCUGAUGGAUUGGAAAUAGAAGUAAAUGUGUCUGUUGAUACUCGUGUGACUUUUCAUAGAUGUUCCAUUUCCUUGAGAUGAUGUUACUGUCAAUUACUAUCUAUUUCCUGUGAGCAAGAUGGAAUUUUGUUCAUUUGGAGAAGGAGCAGGCUGGAGCAGACCUUCCAGGCUGAAGGCAAAGUCACAGAAGAAUUCAUGGGGAAAGUGCAGUGUAUGGGAAGAGGAGAAACUUCUGGAAGUGAUGAAUACUUAAUUUUGGCGAAAGGCUUGGUCAGGGUCCUGGAAAAGAAUAUGUAACUCUUCCACCAGAUUUGAACUCUGUCCCAAAGCAAGUUCAUACUGCAGUAAGCUAAAAACCCCAGUUAUUUUGUUGGUGCCAUUGAGUCAGCUUUGCUCAGAUGCUCCAGACAUCAAGAGGGAACUUGCAGAGGACUGUCUCCUACAAUCCGUUUUAAAUUUACACUUUAAAAAAAAACUGAGGCAGGAGGUAAUGUUUUUGUUACGUUUUUAUGAGUGUAGCUUGGUGUAAUUUUUUAGUACUGCCACGUAUUUUAAAAUAAAUUCAUUUUCCAUA